AGCCAUUUCGGCUAACGUGACCUCUCUUGAUCGCAGCCAGCUCGUGCCUGCUGCAGGGGGCCAGCCCGUGCCAGCGAGCCAGCGGUGCGAUGUCCGCGCUGACCUUGCAGAUCGAGGCCUACGCCUUCCGGGAGCUCGUGGCCCACCUGCAGUGGCAGUCUGGGGUUCAGAACAUUGACUUGAUGAACCUGGCGGGCUUCUGCCGAAAUUGCCUCGCGAAGUGGUAUCACGCUGGCGCCAAGGUGUACGGUCUGCCCAUGGAUUACUCCGAGGCGUGCGAGCGCGUGUACGGGGAACCGUAUCCGCAGUGGAAGAAACGGCACCAUGGCCGUGGUCGCGUGGCCACCACUGAUGGCUCAGGGGGGGGGCGACCGACCACGGCACCGGAGCCCAGCGACAGCGGAGCAGAUGGCCAUCUUCGAGUCGUCGAAGCCCAAGCACGCGAGGACGGACCCGGGCCCCGUGCUGCGGCAGCCGGGCGGAGGUGCCGCCGAGGCGGCGGGCCCGGCGCCCGCCGGCCACUCCAGCGUCUGCGGACAGACGUGCGACGCCGCGCCGGUGCCCGCCCCCGCGCUGGCAUACAGCAGCGCGGUGCCCGUGCGCAUCGGGGUCCUCACCUGCUCGGACCGCGCCGCUCGCGGGGAGUACGCGGACGAGUCCGGCCCCGCGAUAGUGUCCCUGGUGAGCGCCUUCGGGGAGACCAGCGGCGCCCUGGCUCCGACCUUCGUGCACCAGCUGGUGGUGCCCGACGUGGAGGAGGAGAUCCACGGCGCCCUCUCGGCGUGGAGCGCGGCUCGCGAGUGCGACCUCAUCCUCACGACCGGGGGCACCGGCCUGGGCCCCCGCGACGUGACGCCGGAGGCCACUCGGCGCGUGGUCCGCCGGCCGGCCGACGGGAUCGCGCGCGCGAUGGCCUGGCAGACCUCGCUGGUGGAGCCGCACAGCGUGCUCUCGCGCGGCGUGUGCGGCGUGACGGACACGGAGGUCCUCGUCGUCAACCUCCCCGGGCACCCGUCGGCGGUGCGGCAGUGCCUCUCGGUGCUGCUGCCGGUGCUGCCCCGUGCGCUGGAGAUGCUGGGCAGCCCAGGCGCCUCGUGAGCGAGGGCCUCGCGCGGGGAGGGCUGCCACGUGCGCCCGCGCGCCGAAGCCGAGGCCUCAUCGGUCAUCGUCGCCAGAACCGUCCCCGCUGGGAUGCAGUGGAGGCCCCUGCCGAGAAACACCCUGCUUGCCUCCAGGCCCCUCCGAAUCCCGCUGCCGCUCCCCCUUGCUUUCCGUCCUCUCCCCCCUCCUCUCUCCUCGCGCCAGCCGGUCGCGUCCGGGCGCGCCUGGGAGCGUGCACGACUGGGCGCUGCGUUCGCCUCCCUCCUGCUGGACCAGGCGUGGGCAGGUUUUGUUUGGUCUUUUGCGGAGAGACGGCAGAAGACCUCAGGGAGGAGGAGGAGGAGGUCACUGAAUGG